AUGCCCGUCGACCGGAGGAAGGCAGCUCUAUUCGCGGCCGCCGUCGCUGUGCGGUUGUUCCUUUUCGUCGCAUUUCCCUCGCUACCAGACCUUUUGACUUCAAGAGUCGAAGUAUCAACCCCGGUCAGCAGCUUCAAGAGAUUGCAAGAAGGCCUCUUUCUCUAUACCCGCAACGUGUCUCCAUACCAAGGCGGCGUCUUCCAUCAGGCGCCUCUCUUGCUUCCUGUAUUUGCCUUGCUCCCAAAUCCGAGGGAUUACCCGUUCGCUACCAGCCUAUUUUUCACCGCAAUUGACCUCUUGAACGCGAAUGCUUUGAUCACCAUCUCCGACUCUGCCGAGUCUGUCGCAGGCAGAUUACAUAGUUCGCUGCGCAAGCAUGUGAGAUGGGAUGGAGUAGCCAUUGCCGCAUGGUACCUCUUCAACCCGUUCGUUAUCUCGACGUGUCUCGCUCGUUCCACAACCAUCUUUACGAAUUUGUCUAUCCUAUAUGCAAUCUCUAACGCCGUCACCGGAAACAGUGUGAAUGCCAUUGUAGCUCUUGCUUCGGCAUCUUACGUAUCUAUGUAUCCCGCCCUACUUUUCUUGCCGUUGAUCCAUCUUUGUUAUGAUCGGUCAAUCCUGAACAAGAGCGGUGCAAAACCACCCAGCGAAUUUAUUUUUACUCUUGGACACCUUGGUACAUUCGUUGCGGCCAUUGCUGGAUUGCUCGGAGCAUCGUUCCUGGUGACGGGAUUCUCGUGGGACUUCAUCCCUGCCACCUACGGAUUUCAUCUGCUCGUUCCUGAUCUUGCACCAAAUGCCGGUUUGUGGUGGUACUUUUUCAUCGAAAUAUUUGACUCUUUCCGAGAAUUUUUCCUCGGUGUUUUUUGGUUACAUCUAGUGGGCUAUGUUGGGGGCUUGACACUUCGGCUACGACGACAGCCAUUGUUCGUUAUUACCUCGUUGAUUGGCAUAUUCGCCAUUUUCAAACCAUACCCGAGUAUUGCCGAUGUGUCGCUUUACUUUGCACUUCUUCCAUUGUAUCGACACUUGUCACCACUGACACGAUACACUUUCUUUGCAGCUGCUGCGCUGCUUUAUGCGACUCUUCUCGGACCGGCGUUUUACCAUCUCUGGAUCUAUGCCGGUUCAGGCAAUGCCAAUUUCUUCUACGCCAUUACACUCGUUUGGAGUCUCGGUCUGACAAUUCUCGUCGCCGAUCUUAUAUUUGCAGCGCUACGAGAUGAGUGGGAACAAGACCACCCCGAGAUGAAGGGGAAAGAAGUCAGACAAAUCUGA